AUGGUGAAACUGAAAUCAAUCACGGCCGAGUCGGCCGCGGGUGCUGACAGAUUUGUCGGCCGCGGUGUUUUAAACCGGUGUGGACGGGAGAGUCGACCGCGGGGUUAUAAACCGGUGUGGUCGCGAGAGACGGCCACGACAUUAACGGCACGACAGCAGCAGGUUGAAGUAGAAGCGAAAGUGCAGCGGUUCCCUGGCGUGGUACGCCGACUAGGCAGAGGCAAAGCGAGGGCUGGCGCCAGCGGUUCUCGGCCGAGGACAGGCCGGCUUGCCGACGCCGGAGGGGGUGACUCGCGGCGAGGUGCGACAACGGCUGGUCCAACCGCGGGGAGAGGCAUGCUCAGUGGAGAGAGGCACAGCGGCGGCUUGCGGCCGCAGAGACUGCAACUGCUCAGUGUGGAGAUGGCCGAGGAGAUGUACAUAGAGAAGCAAAAACGACCCGGCGAAUCAGACACGGUGGCUAGAUUUGACAACGGUGUAGUUGAAGUUCGAGUCGGCCUCGGUGUACUGCUGUAG